AAGGAGGAGGAGGAGGAGGGAGAAGCCUCUUCAUUCAUUUUUAUUCCGCAUUUUUACCCAUUUCCAGCCUCCAGCAACCUGGACUUUGGGGGAUAUUUAAACUGCGUCGCAUCUUUCCGACGUGGAGACUUCACAGCAUUUUGGAACCUUUUUCCUCUGUUUUUGUUGGGGUUUUUUGGGGGGCUAGUAAAGACUGACUUGGGUUUUUUUUUUUCUUUCUUUGCAGUUUUUUUCCUCCAGCUGCCUUUCUGUGUGUUUGAAAAUGGAGGUUGAAGAUGCAGACUGCCAGCCUCAAUGUGCUUCAUGUUUGCUACUUCUGUGUCCAUUGUAUCGCUGCAGCCAGCGCUGAGAGAGGAUUCUUUACCUUUCCUGGAGCAGACAGCACAAAUACCUUUAUUUUCGAAGCAUCAUAAUAGUGUUGUUGGGGUUUUUUUUUUUUGUGUGUGUGUCAGCAUCAACAGCAACGACAACAAACCGAGGGAAGGAAUAAAAUAUUAACUAGGGUUCCCCCCCCCCUUUUGAAUCCUAAGGAUCUUUCAUCCGGAUUAUUUUCUUCUCCCUGAUUCUGGAGCGGGUGGGGGUGUGAGUUUUGGACUUUUUUUUUUUUAAGGAAUUUCGUCUUAAGUAAAAGGAAUGAAGUCUGGUGCCGGAAGAGGGUCCCUGACCUUACUUUGGGGGGUUCUUUUUGCCACACUUUGCCUUUGGCCAACAAAUGGAGAAAUCUGUGGGCCGAGCAUUGAUAUUCGCAAUGACAUCCAUGAGCUGAAGCGCCUGGAAAACUGCACAGUGAUUGAGGGCUACCUCCAAAUUCUGCUCAUCUCCAAAGCAGAAGAUUACCGCAACUUCCGUUUUCCAAAGCUCACGGUUAUCACCGACUACUUGCUGCUUUUUCGCGUGGCGGGUUUGGAGAGCCUCAGUGACCUCUUCCCCAACCUCACAGUCAUUCGGGGGAGAAACCUCUUCUACAACUAUGCUCUGGUGAUCUUUGAGAUGACUAACCUCAAGGAGAUCGGAUUGUACAACCUGAGAAACAUCACCCGGGGGGCCAUUCGGAUCGAGAAAAACUCAGACCUCUGUUAUCUCUCCACCGUGGACUGGUCAUUGAUACUGGAUGCUGUGUCUAACAACUACAUAGUUGGGAAUAAGCCUCCAAAGGAGUGUGGGGACUUAUGUCCAGGGACCAUGGAGGAAAAUCCAACAUGUGAGAAGACCACCAUUAACAACGAGUAUAAUUUCCGCUGCUGGACCACAAACCACUGCCAGAAAAUGUGUCCUAGUGUGUGUGGGAAGCGAGCCUGCACGGAUCAGAAUGAGUGCUGCCAUCCUGAAUGUUUGGGGAGCUGCAGUGCACCAGACAACAGCACCGCCUGUGUGGCAUGUCGUCAUUACUACUACGAGGGAACCUGUGUGCCCACCUGCCCUCCAAAUACCUAUAAGUUUGAGGGCUGGCGCUGCGUCAACAGAGACUUCUGCUCCAAAGUGCCUGGUCCCGACAUCAACGAGUUUGAAAAGUUUGUGAUCCACAAUGACGAAUGCAUGCAGGAGUGUCCCUCUGGGUUCAUACGAAAUGGGAGCCAAAGCAUGUUCUGCAGCCCAUGUGAAGGCCCAUGUCCCAAAAUCUGUGAAGAGGAGAAGAAAACCAAGACCAUUGAUUCUGUAACAUCAGCACAAAUGCUGCAAGGAUGCACCGUCUUCAAGGGCAAUUUACUCAUUAACAUUCGGAGGGGCAAUAAUAUAGCUUCAGAGCUGGAGAAUUUUAUGGGCCUAAUUGAAACAGUAACAGGAUAUGUGAAGAUUCGACAUUCUCAUGCCUUAGUCUCCCUGUCUUUUUUAAAGAGUCUGCGAUAUAUCCUUGGAGAGGAGCAACUGGAAGGGAAUUACUCUUUCUACGUCCUUGAUAACCAGAAUUUGCAGCAGCUCUGGGACUGGAACCAUCGUAACCUGACCAUCAAAGAGGGAAAAAUGUACUUUGCUUUUAAUCCCAAGUUGUGUGUUUCUGAAAUUUAUCGAAUGGAGGAGGUGUCAGGAACUAAAGGGCGUCAGACCAAAGGGGACAUAAAUACUAGGAACAAUGGAGAAAGAGCUUCUUGUGAAAGCGACAUUUUGCAUUUCAUCUCCAACACUACAAUGAAGAACCGGAUUAAGCUAACAUGGCAGCGAUAUCGUCCUCCUGAUUACAGAGAUCUUAUUAGCUUCACUGUUUACUACAAAGAAGCACCUUUCAAAAAUGUCACUGAGUAUGAUGGUCAAGAUGCAUGUGGCUCUAACAGCUGGAAUAUGGUGGAUGUGGACCUUCCCCCCAAUAAGGAACUCAAGCCUGGAAUUCUCCUCCAGGGACUGAAACCUUGGACACAGUAUGCAAUUUAUGUCAAAGCAGUUACCCUCACAAUGGCAGAGAAUGACCACAUCCGUGGAGCAAAAAGUGAAAUUGUCUAUAUCCGUACCAAUGCCUCAGUGCCCUCUAUACCCCUGGAUGUUAUUUCAGCAUCCAACUCAUCCUCUCAGCUCAUUGUGAAAUGGAAUCCUCCUUCUCUUCCAAAUGGUAACCUGUCCUACUACAUAGUAAGAUGGCAGCGACAGCCUCAGGAUAGUUACCUUUACCGACACAAUUACUGCUCCAAAGACAAAAUUCCUAUGCGAAAGUACGCUGAUGGCACCAUUGAUGUUGAAGAAGUUACCGAAAACCCCAAAACUGAAGUCUGUGGAGGAGAGAAAGGGCCUUGUUGUGCUUGUCCUAAAACUGAAGCUGAGAAACAAGCAGAAAAGGAGGAGGCUGAAUACCGGAAAGUCUUUGAGAACUUCCUCCACAACUCCAUCUUUGUACCGAGACCUCCAGAACGGAAGCGGAGAGACGUCUUUCAGAUUGCAAACGCCACUCUUCCCAGUAGGAACAGAAACGCCACAGCAGUAGAUCAUUUCACAAAUGUAUCAGACACGGAGGAGAAUGAGUCAGAGUACCCGUUCUAUGAGAGCAAAGUGGACAAUAGAGAGAGGACUUUGAUCUCCCACCUGAGGCCUUUCACUUUAUACCGCAUCGACAUCCAUAGCUGCAACCACGAAGCUGAAAGUCUGGGCUGCAGUGCUUCCAACUUUGUCUUUGCAAGAACCAUGCCUGCAGAAGGAGCAGAUAACAUUCCAGGGCCAGUAACAUGGGAAGGCAGAAAGGAAGAUAAUACCAUUUACCUGAAAUGGAUGGAACCCGAAAACCCUAAUGGCCUUAUUCUAAUGUAUGAAAUUAAAUAUGGACAGCAUAUGGAGGACCAGCGGGAAUGUAUUUCCAGACAAGAAUAUCGAAAAUAUGGAGGGGCCAGGCUUACCCGAUUAGCCCCUGGAAACUAUUCUGCCCGUGUUCAAGCCACCUCUCUUUCUGGAAAUGGAUCUUGGACAGAACCAGUGUCCUUCUAUGUGCAGGCCAAAGCACCAGAUUAUGAAAAUUUCCUCCAUUUGAUGAUUGCUCUCCCCAUUGCAGUAUUGCUGAUUGUUGGAGGGUUGCUUAUAAUGCUAUAUGUUUUUAACAAAAAAAGAAACAGUGACAGAUUAGGGAAUGGUGUAUUGUAUGCAUCUGUAAAUCCAGAGUACUUCAGUGCUGCUGAUGUGUACGUUCCAGAUGAGUGGGAAGUCCCUCGAGAGAAGAUCACCAUGUGUCGAGAACUAGGACAGGGUUCAUUUGGGAUGGUGUAUGAAGGAAUUGCUAAGGGUGUGGUGAAGGAUGAACCUGAAACUAGAGUGGCCAUCAAAACAGUCAACGAGUCUGCCAGCAUGAGGGAAAGAAUUGAAUUUCUCAAUGAGGCUUCGGUGAUGAAGGAGUUCAAUUGUCACCAUGUGGUACGGUUGCUUGGAGUUGUGUCCCAAGGUCAACCCACAUUGGUUAUUAUGGAAUUGAUGACACGUGGAGAUCUCAAAAGUUAUCUCAGAUCUCUGAGGCCGGAUACUGAGAAUAAUCCAGGCCAGGCCCCUCCAACUUUAAAGAAGAUGAUUCAGAUGGCUGGAGAGAUUGCCGAUGGUAUGGCUUACCUCAAUGCCAAUAAGUUUGUCCACCGAGACCUUGCCGCAAGGAAUUGCAUGGUGGCUGAAGAUUUCACUGUCAAAAUUGGAGAUUUUGGCAUGACAAGAGACAUCUAUGAGACAGAUUACUACCGAAAGGGAGGUAAAGGCUUGCUGCCCGUCCGCUGGAUGUCCCCUGAAUCCCUUAAGGAUGGAGUCUUCACAACACACUCCGACGUCUGGUCGUUUGGAGUUGUCCUAUGGGAGAUUGCGACACUAGCAGAGCAGCCAUAUCAGGGCAUGUCUAAUGAACAAGUUCUUCGCUUCGUAAUGGAGGGCGGCCUUCUGGAGAAACCAGACAAUUGCCCCGAUAUGUUGUUUGAAUUGAUGCGCAUGUGCUGGCAGUACAACCCCAAAAUGCGUCCUUCUUUCCUGGAGAUCAUUGGCAGCAUCAAAGAUGAGCUGGAUCCAGCCUUCAAGGAGGUAUCCUUCUUCUAUAGUGAAGAGAACAAGCCUCCAGACACAGAAGAGCUUGAUCUGGAGACUGAGAACAUGGAGAGCAUUCCCUUAGACCCCUCCUCCACCCUUCAGCCCUCCGAGAAACACUCAGGACACAAAGCCGAGAAUGGGCCCGGGGUGGUGGUCCUCCGGGCCAGUUUUGAUGAGAGGCAGCCCUACGCGCACAUGAAUGGAGGACGCAAAAACGAAAGGGCCUUACCUUUGCCCCAGUCUUCGGCCUGCUGAUCCUAGGCACCAGAAUCUCGUGCAAACAGUCUCUUUCUCUUCUUCUAUCUCCCUCUCCCUCCCUCACUUCUUCUCUUAUAUCUCUUUCUCUCUCUCUCAGACAUACACACACACACACACACACACACACGUGGCAGUGGGGAGGAAGAAAGGAAUUUAAUGAUAUGGUCAAAAGCCUACUGUACCUCAGUGGAUCUUCAGAACUGCCAUUGCUGCACUAAGGAGAACCCACUUUUCAGUCAACACAUUGAUGAUUUUUCUUUUUUCAAUAUGCAGCCAGAUGUUUGUUUCAGUUAACAACUCCAAACGUGGGGCAUGAAGUGGGCCUUUUAAAAAACUUUAAUAAUACUAGCAUCAGAAAACUAGUGAUCCUAUUUUUACUCUCUCUCUUUCUCCCUUUCUUUCUCACUCUCUCUUUUUCUCCUCUCAUUGAUCUCCCCUUCUAUGCUUCCUUUCUGUACCCCCUUUUUUCUGUCCCUCUGCCACCUCUGCUUCAAAAGGAAAAAUCUGUCUGCGUGCAAGUCUAACCAGAAAGCACUUUUUUCAGAUCAAAGAAAUGGCUGGCCAAUUGACUCCCCGUUAUCCCAUGCAAGCACCUGCCUAACACUAUAGGUCUUUAUAAAAGAACUAAGAGACUGGAUUUUUAACAUUGCUGUCUAACCUUUUUAGGAACACCUGAAUUUAAAAAGGCCAUCAUUUGUCCAAGAUUAUUACCAUUUUCAGCGCUGCCAAAUUUUGCCAAAAAACCCGAACUUUCCUUUUUUCCUCUCUUUCUUUUUUUUUUGUAGGCGUGGAAGGAGCACUGUAAUCAAUUGCUCCAUUUCAAAGAAAUACUGAUCAAUACACUCCAAUCAUACACUGGUAUUCUUUUUACAUUUCACUUUAAGGAGAAAUCAAAUUGCUUUUGUCUCAAUUAUUGUUAUUUUGGGGAACUAGACAAAAGCAUGACUUUCUGGUGAUGAAGACAGGGGAAGAAGGAAGGAAGGCCUCCCUGCCCCCAAGGAUUCUGGAGAAAACUGGCAGUGGUGAGCCAAAAUCACACAGUCGCGCAAAAAUUCAACCAUACGCCAAAAAACAAAACAAAAAUAGAAGCAACCAUCCAUGAAACAAGCCGGAAGGGAUCUCCAGUACUGCAGCCUGCCCCCUGUGGCAGGUUUGUAUGGGGAAAAAUUAAAGCUUAACAAUUGAGAAGAAAAAGCAGUAAAUGGAUUCAAGCAUAUUACGCUUUGUUGACAUUUUCUCUCUGUUAUUGACUUCUUGAAGGGUCUUACAGUUCUAUGUUAGACCGUGGAUCAUUUGCAUACACAUUGUCUUUCGUGUCACUUUUAUAACUUUUUUACGGUUCAGAUACUCAUCUAUAUGUCUGUACAGAAAAAGCUGCUAUUUUUUUUGUUCUUUAUCUUUGUGGAUUUAAUCUAUGAAAACCUUCAGGUCUACCCCCUCUCCUUCUCCCCUCACCUUCCCCCACUCCAACAAACUUCUUAUGCUUUGUACUAUAGUACUAUAGUGUGUAACUUUGUUCCUCCUCUCCCAGUAAUUGAUACUUGUAUAACAUGAUUUGCCAUGAACUGUUUGAUGCCUUUUUAUAAAUACAUUUCCUCCUUUUUUUUUCCAUUAGUUCUUUUACAACAUGGUGGCUGUGUGGGUGCCAGGCUCAUGGGAGAACCGGGCAGAGGACUCCAGGUGACCUAGCACACUUAAGUGUGUCUUGCGGUUCCGUGUCCUCCUCCCCCUCCACCCACACAGUGCUCGAGUCUGUUACAGUGCAAGGCAUGAUACAAACUCAGGUCAGAAAAAAGGUUAAAUGUUUAAUACAUUCUUGUUCAAUGUUCAUAUUCAUCAUUGUUCAAGAGUUUCACCUUCUUUUUCCCUUGCCUUUAUUUUGGUUAUCUCUCUCUCUCUCUCUCUCUCUCUCACACACGCACACACACACACACACACACUUUUUUAAUUGUUGAGUAUAACAGUGGUUUAACUGCAAACACCACGCUUUUGGGUCACUAUUUAAAAUGAAAAAACCAACAACAAACACUCCCCCCAACACCCCAAUAUUUUAACCCUUCUAUCCCGUGAACAGCAAGCUGCCCGAUCAAGCAGUGGAGAGUGUAGAGCAAUGGAAAUGGUCAUUGUCAUGCAUUGCCCUAUUUCCAAUUGGUGAUUUUUGAAGCAAGGGAUCUCCAGGCUGCCCCUUGUCAAUUGGUGGCCACUUGCAAAGCCUUAGAAUGCAAUCUCUAAGGACAACUGGGUGGGCUAACUUGGCGAGCAGCUUUUAAGGGCUGCCUUCCAGACCAAGAGCGCAUGUCAGAACUGAGCUCUAAGUAGCUUGCACUUAAUUCAUUUGCAACAACCUCAAUGUAUGGGGUAGGGCAGGAAAACCAAGGAGCCAUAGCUAUUACCCAUCUUAAGCAUCCAUAGCACCAGUCCCCUGAGUGCUGGCAGCUAAAGGGGUUGUUCUGGGAUGGAAAAUGUACAUUUUUGAGUUAGAACAAAGAAAUCAAAUAUAAUGAUAGUUGUGACUGGAGAAUACAAAAGAAAAACAAUGUUUGUAGUGCUUUUGCUUGUGUAGUUAAGUCCCACUAUCUUCUCUAGCUCUGUCCCAUAGUUAUUUUUCCUGUUUCAAAAAAAGGAAAAAGUUAAUUUAGAAGGUAUUCUAUGUAGGACUUUUUUAUUUAUUUUUGUGAUAUCAGUUUAAAUCACUGUAGAAAUGCCCCAUAAUAAAUUUAAAUACUGAGACAAGAGUUUUGUGUAUGACAGGGGGACAGUUUUUGAUUUUUUUCAAACAUUUAUCUACCUCACUCUUAUUUUUUAUAUGUAUAUAUAAAAAAAAAGAAUACAUCUCACAUUUCUCAGCACCUGACAAUAUGCCGUUGAUACUGGUAACCUCAUUCACACUACAGACCACAUACACUAGGUUCUGGAGAGGAGUGGCCAGUACUUUAAGGGGUCCCAGCAUUAUUAUAUCUCUUCUGUCUUCUAACAUUUCCAAGCAGCUUGCCUUUCGAUCAUGUUUUUAUUGAGGGAGAGGGGAGGCAGAGCGCCAAGAAUUGUAUGUGGCUGCAAACAAUCCUUUGAGGAGGGUUUCCAGAUUGCCCCUGCAUUGUUUGUGUAUGUCACCUCCAGGGCUGCUGUGGCAGCCCAGAAUAAAAUGUCUGCGUGUCUGUUCUGAGUCAGAUGAUAGCUGUCCCCAAAAGGGACUGCUCUGUGAGGAUUAAAUGGUGAAUAAUUUAUUCAUUACAAGGGCCUGUUGUUUACAAGGUUGGAAGGAUGUGUUAGGGGGAGGAGAGGCAGGCUGCGGGUAAGUGAGGGAAACAAUCAACAAUUCUGGUAAAAUCCCAUAGAUGCGAAUAAGUGUUUUUUGCUGUUGCCUCUCACCCCAAGUGACAUUAAGAGAUUUAGCCAGAAUCAAGGCCCAGGAAAUCCACAGUAGGGAGCAAUGCUGCUACUGCCUGUUAAAUUGAUCAGGAAGAUGUUGCUUCUUUGAGACUUUCUCUUUGCCACUUCUUUAGUAAAGAGCAGCAGAGUCUUCAAAGGUAAUGCUGAUCCCAACCAAAUAAAAUGUUCCAAAUAGAAACUUAGGCUCCCUUUCCCUCACCCUGCUGUCAUGCGUGUUUUACCCUCUAGAAAAGGAAAGUGCUCAGCAACCCUAUGGAUUCUGAGGGACCAGCUAGUCCAGGCUAACCCCCAUCCAGGAACGUCUAACUGCUCUUACUGUGUACUUCCCAGAGCGCAGUUCCGCCAUUUGCGUGAUAUAGUGUGUGUCUCCUGAAUGCUGGCAGGUUCCCUUGUGGGAACCAGGCAUGUAUCUAAAUGAUGUGGUAGUGGGUGAAUAUGGCCUCUUAAAAAAUACAGCACUGCAGUGAUGGCUUUAGAGGGUACUCGCUCUCGGAGAGAGCACUGGUCUCUGAAGGCCUCUGGCCUUCCCCGUGUCAAUAAAGAAAUGUAGCUUUAUCAGGGCUUUAUUCUAAUGCACAGGUGACCCCAUGAUGUAGUGACCCCUCCUCUCUUUUGCACAUACUGAUUUCCACAACUGGAGAUCUGCAGAUCAUUCAGCUGGCUAUGAGGGUUUCGUUAAAACUGUCCAAGUUUUUUUUGUUUGUUUGUUUUGUGGGUGGUUUAAAAAAUAGUAGGAAAAAACACUAACAAGAUAGAGCCCAUCAUAAUAAACAUUUCAGAAGCACUUAAAUGAAAGAGAACAUCCAUGUAUUCGAUGGUGCAGUCAUCUUUCCUGGACCAAACCACCUUAACUCUACCAUGGCAUUUUAUAAAUCACAAGCCUAAUUUCAUGUAGAUUUCCCCUGCUGCUUUUGAUUUUCUUUUUGUGCGUUUCAAAUAGCUUUAUGAACCUGAGUUGUGGCACUGUCCAUACCAUCUUUUUGAGGGUAAAUCACACUGCUUUAGUAAUGUGAACCACUGAGAAUUAACAUCAGCUUGGAAUUGACUUUAAAAUCAUCGUUUAUGCCACCCUUUCUGACACCUACCACCAGAUAAUUAGUUUUUGAGAGUUUGAGCUUCAACAGGAUUAAACAAAAAAGUAUAUAUAUUGCUGAUGUUCUCGUUCGUGAGGUGGGGGAAGGGGGAAGUGAACGAUGAUGAAAAGCUGUACUGAAAGAUUUCACAGUGGUGAAACACAGUGGCCGCUAUGGAGGGAACAAACACUUAGGUUUGGCACCAGACUCCUCUUAAGUUGGUAUAGUGGUACAGAAGGUGGUUUGGUAAAAAGGAAGGUGGCUAUUGUGGAACUACAGACAUGUGUCAUGCUUGGUAUUCAAUACAAAGUUCCCUUUUUCACUUCUGUGGAGACAAUAGAAACAGAAGCCAAGUAGGAUACUACAUAUGAGGCCAGUUCGUUCCACCAAAGUCUCUUUCUCAGUGUGGCACCUCUGUUCUUGAAGCUUGUUUUAAGUGAUGUACGCCUCUGCUGUGGCUGGUUCGCACUGAAGCUCCUGUAAGUGUGCAAGCCCAGGGUGCCCUGGUUGCCAGAUGGAAUUGCCGGCAGGUCCCCUGGCCACAACUGAGAAUUGUUUCGUCCAAUUCCGGUUGAGAACCAUGGUGCACUCUUUUCAGUGGUAAAGCUCCACAAAAUGCCCCACUCAUUCCAGUAGUAUCAGUGAUGUAUUUGGGUUUUGUCGGGUUUUUUUCUCUGUUACUCUUUCUGUUUGUCAAUUGUAUAUUAUUUCCUGGGCAAAGCAACAAGGGAGGACAAGUACAAAAGAUCCACUCCUGAUAACCAGUGGUGAAAGUCAAGCAUGUAACUCCACUCCUAACUAGUCGGAGGUGAUGUAGAUGAAAAUUUCAGAGAGGCUAUUGAGAAUAAGAACUUAUUGCCAGAGAUGCUGAAGAUACAGACCUAGGAAGGCAGGGGGAUUUUUGUUUUAUUUUUUGGGGGGGGGAGGGGGGAGGGAAGAGGGGAGGGAGUGCAACACAGAUGAAUGGUCCAUUUUGAGUAAAGAUGCCUGGAUGAUCUUGGAUGUUUUCAGGGAUGUUCCAGGCAGGAGGAUGUGAUGGUGGGCUGUGGUGAUGAAAAGGAAUGAAAAGAUGAUGGAAUUGAUAACGCAUAUUUACAAGGGUACAGGGCUUGGUGAAAGUUUGAGGUAGUGCCUGAGCCUUGAUGGUUUCUGAGGGUGGCAGACUAUAACAGGCCUCAGAAAUCAUAUUGGAUCAUUUGGUUCUUGUAAAUAAACAUUGUUAAUGUACCAGUUGAAAAAACCUUAACAAGAAAUUUUUUAUUUGAAUUGGUCAGUGACAAAUUGUGCCAGUUUCAGCACUCCUGUUUUUUUGCAAGUACCUAAUUAUGAUCAUUCAUUUCUUUUGUGUGUGUUUGUGUGUGUGUGUGCACAUGUGUAUGUGUGUGUGUGUGGGUGCGUGUAUAUGUUCUAGCAUCUUUUUUGUAAACGUUAUCUUAAUUAGUAAUUCAUUAGCAUUUUCAAAAGGGCUCUUAAGUCCAGUAGAUUACGGGUAGUCAGUUGACAAAGAUCUGGUUUACAAGAACUAAUUAAAUGUUUCAUUGCAUUUUUGUAAGUACAUAGAAUAAUUUUAUAAGAUGUUUGUAGUUUCUAAAUGCCUAAAAUAAUUUAACAGGCACCUUUUUCUGUGUGUGUGUGUGUCUGUGUGCAUGUGUUUGUCUGUGUGUGUAUGUAACGUAUGUAUGUGAUGUGUGGAUGUGGUCAAUUUUUUGAGGGUUGCAGUUUACUAGCUAGCUUUACAAUAUGCCAAAAAGGAUUUUUAAGGUGUCCAAGCCGUAAUUCAUCCCUUUUUCCCAAGCUUUGUGCCCUGGCAUAUAGUGGAUGAAUGAUGAUGGAAGAAAAAGUUCUGUAUCUUCAGUAUCUUGGUCUUCUAGAACACUCUGGCUGGUGUGGUCAUUUCACUUUACAGAGCAGUGAAUUGAAAAGAUUGAAAGAACCUCAUUGGUUGUGGAAACAGAAUAGGUGUUGCUGCUAAACAGUCUUAGUUCCUGGUUUUAUUGGUUACUGUAGUUGUCAUCUAAUGCCAGAGAAGCUGAAGGAUUUGACUACCCAACAGAUGCAGCACAACAAAACAGUUUUCAAAAUGGUCACCACAUACAGAAUAAUUACAAAACUACAAAUUCUGAAGGCAAAACAUACAAUUUUGAUAGAUUCAUAGUACCAUGAUUGAAGCUUUGUUGAAACUAACAAGAAAGGGUCCUUAUUUAUUUGUAUUUAAAGGAGAAUAUGGAAGUUACAUUUUCCCUCCCCCUCCCAUCCUUUUUGUAGUACAAGAAAAAUUGGUUUCUUGCUUUUUCUCUCCCCCUUUUCCCUACCCCAUCAUAGCCAUCCCCCAACCCUUCCUUUCUGUCCUCUCCCCAUCCUGAGCCCUAUUCAGUUUCUGAACAGUUAUGGACAGUGUAUAUGCCUUGAGAAAACACCUUUCUGUUUUCUAAACCAGUGAGGUUUUGAGAUGAAAGGAUUGGCCAGAGUUUGUCUACCUCUGGGACAAAAACUAAACCAGAAAGCGCUAUGGAACUGAUGCAUUGCAAAUACAACAUUUUCCAAGUUUUCUUGUUUAAAAAAAGUUUUUUAAAAAAAUGAAAAAAGUAAUAACAUGGCCAAUUUGUUACAUAAAAUGACUUUCUGUGUAUAAAUUAUUCCUAAAGAAAUUCCUGUGUUUAUAUUAAAAUGAAUCAGUAGAUGAAAAAAAUUUCAAAAUGUUUUUGUAUAUUCUGUUGUAAGAAUUUAUUCCUGUUAUUGCGAUAUACUCUGGAUUCUUUACAUUAUGAAAAAAAGAAACUUUGUCUAUUUUGAAUGGCUGAAGCGAAGGCUACUUUAGUUUCUCUUACUCUGCUUUUUUCUAGUAGUUACAGUACUACAUGAUUUAAGUUAAAUAAAAGAAUUCUGUAUGCA